AAUAAUGAUGACGUCAACUCGCUAUAGGGUCUGUGCAAUGCUGAGAUCAAGCACAUCCAUAUACCCAGCUCACCCAAACAAAACAGUGGAGUUUGAAUGAAUGAUGAGACCGCGUACGAGGGCUAAGUGACCCAAGCGUAGCUCCCUACCUGGGGGAGGACCACCACUCCCUCAUUCCCAUCAUCCCUUGAGCCCCCACUCUGAAGCAGCUAUGGCACCACGGAAACGCGGAGGUGGAGGGCAUGGCGUGUCCUUCUUCUUUUGCUGCUUUCAGAGCAGUGACCACCCAGAGAUCACCUACCGUCUGCGGGAGGACUUUGCCCUGCAGGCCAUGGAGCCCGCGCUGCCCCUCCCCAGCUAUGACGAGCUGGAUGCCAUGUUCUCAGAACUGGUGGAUGAGCUGGACCUCACAGAGAAGCACAGAGAGGCCAUGUUUGCCUUACCAGCAGAAAAGAAAUGGCAGAUAUACUGCAGCAAGAAGAAGGAACAAGAGGAGACUAAAAGUGCUACUAGCUGGCCAGAGUACUACAUUGACCAGCUCAAUUCAAUGGCAGCUAGGAAAACUCUGUUGGCCUUGGAGAAGGAAGAGGAGGAGGAACGCAACAAGACUAUCGAAAGCCUUAAAACGGCACUGCGGACACAACCUAUGAGGUUUGUAACACGGUUCAUUGAUUUGGACGGCCUGACAUGCAUCCUGAACUUCUUGAAGAGCAUGGAUUACGAGACCACCGAGUCUCAGAUUCACACUUCCCUCAUUGGCUGCAUCAAAGCCCUGAUGAACAACUCCCAGGGUCGUGCUCACGUGCUCUCUCACUCCGAGAGCAUCAACAUCAUCGCUCAGAGUCUGGCCACCGAGAACGUCAAGACCAAAGUGGCGGUGCUGGAGAUCAUGGGUGCGGUGUGUUUAGUGCCAGGCGGCCACAAGAAGAUUUUGGAGGCCAUGUUGCACUAUCAAAAGUUCUCUUGUGAGCGCACACGAUUUCAGACAUUGCUGAAUGAUCUGGACAAAAGCACAGGGCGGUACAAGGACGAGGUCAGCCUGAAAACGGCCAUUAUGUCCUUCAUUAACGCUGUUUUAAGCCAAGGAGCUGGCGAAGCCAGCCUUGAGUUCCGGGUUCAUUUGCGAUACGAGUUCCUCAUGUUGGGGAUUCAGCCCAUCAUCGACAAACUCAGGUCACAUGAAAACUCUACUUUAGACAGGCAUUUGGAUUACUUUGAGAUGCUGAGAAAUGAUGAUGAGCUCACGUUAUCCAGGCGGUUUGAGUCUAUCCAUAUAGACACGAAGAGUGCGACACAGGUUUUUGAGCUUGUACGGAAGAAGCUGGCCCACACAGAUGCAUAUCCGCACUAUAUGUCUAUUCUUCACCAUUGCCUGCUAAUGCCUCAUAAGAGAAGUGGGAACACAGUGCAGUACUGGCUGCUCCUGGACCGCAUUGUUCAACAGAUGGUCCUGCAGAAUGACAAAGGUCACGACCCUGACGUCACACCAUUAGAAAACUUCAAUGUAAAGAAUGUGGUUCGAAUGCUUGUCAACGAGAAUGAGGUGAAACAGUGGAAGGAACAGGCGGAAAAAAUGCGUAAAGACCACCAUGAGCUUCAACAGAAGCUGGAAAAGAAGGAGCGAGAGUGUGACGCAAAAACUCAGGAGAAGGAGGAGAUGAUGCAGACGCUCAACAAGAUGAAAGAGAAGCUAGAAAGAGAAAUGGGGGAACAUAAACUAGUCAAGCUGCAGGUGUCGGAAAUGACUGCCAGACUACAUGACCUCAGCACGAGACAAAUAGCCAGUGUUCCUGGAGGUCCUCCCAUCCCUGGCCCUCUAGGUGGGCCUCUCCUACCCCCUCCACCUGGCAUGGAUUACAGGGUGACAGAAAUUGGUGUCAAAACUGUCCUAAAUUUUAACAAGCUUGAGGGAACCGUCUGGGCAGACAUUGACGACAGCAAAGUUUUCAAAAUCCUAGAUUUGGUGGACAUUGAGAAGACCUUCUCUGCCUAUCAGAGGCAACAGGACUUCUUUAUGGUCAAUAACUGCAAGCAGAAGGAGGCUGAAGACGAUGCGCUGAGCUCCAAGAAAGUCAAAGAGCUCUCUGUUAUCGAUGGCCGCCGGGCUCAGAAUUGCAACAUCCUUCUCUCACGAUUGAAAGUUUCCAAUGAGGAAAUAAAGAGAGCCAUUCUGACUAUGGAUGAACAGGAAGAUCUGCCCAAGGACAUGCUGGAGCAGAUGAUGAAGUUUGUCCCAGAGAAGUGUGAUGUGGACCUACUGGAGGAGCACAAACAUGAGUUGGACCGCAUGGCAAAGGCAGACCGUUUCCUCUAUGAAAUGAGCAGAAUAAACCAUUACCAGCAGAGGUUACAGUCUUUGUACUUCAAAAAGAAGUUUGCUGAGAGGAUUUCAGAAAUUAAACCUAAAGUUGAAGCACUGACCAAGGCCUCAAAAGAGGUGCUGCACAGUAGGAAUCUCAAGCAGUUGCUGGAGGUGGUGCUGGCGUUCGGCAACUACAUGAACAAAGGACAGAGAGGCAAUGCUUACGGCUUCAAAAUCUCCUCACUCAACAAGAUUGCAGACACCAAGUCCAGCAUCGACAAGAAUAUCACUCUCCUACACUACCUGAUCACCAUUCUGGAGAAGAAGUACUCUAAAGUCAUGCUCUUCUCAGAGGAGCUGCAGAACGUGCCGGAAGCUGCAAAAGUAAACAUGACUGAACUGGAGAAGGAGAUCAAUCAUCUUCGUAGUGGCUUGAAGAGCGUAGAGAGCGAGUUAGAAUUCCAGAAGAAGCGUCCUCAGGAGUACGGGGAUAAGUUUGUGUCUGUAGUCAGCCAGUUCAUCACAGUGGCCAGUUUCAGCUUCUCUGAUGUCGAGGACUCCCUCAGUGAGGCCAAAGAACUGUUCUUAAAGGCGGUCAAGCACUUCGGCGAAGAUGCUGAUAAGAUGCAGCCUGAUGAGUUCUUUGGGAUAUUCGACCAGUUCUUGCAGUCUUUUGCAGAGGCCCGUCAAGAGAACGAGAACAUGCGCCGACGCAAAGAGGAGGAGGAGCGCAGGGCACGAAUGGAGGCUCAGCUCAAGGAGCAGAGGGAGAAAGAGAGGAAGGCUCGAAAAGCCAAAGAGAACGGAGAGGACAACGGGGGCGAGUUUGACGACCUGGUGUCCGCUUUGCGUUCUGGAGAGGUUUUCGAUAAAGAUCUGUCGAAGAUGAAGCGCAAUCGCAAACGCAUCAACAGCCAGACGUCAGACAGCGGCAGGGAGCGUCCAAUUACCAAGCUUAACUUCUGAACGGCGGUCAAGCUGACCAACCCACUCAGACGAAUUUCAUUACAACCAAACAACCUCCCUGUGGUGGUGAAUGUUUGGAGGACACUCAUUAGCGAUCCCGGGUUGCGGAGGAAAGCAUGUUUACCCAAAAACGGUCAGUUUAUCAUGUGUCAUGAGACUGUAAUGGGGAACCUGUCUGAAUGCAGAGAAAAGACUCCAAGAAAUUAAGAAUAUGGCUGCCAAAUGAACCUAAUUUAAUGAUUUAUUUCAUCAAGAGUGCUGGAGCACCAGGAUAUUAUCAGAGUUUGAGAUAACUGUGAGUUUACUGAUUGGAUAUGAGUCGGGAACUCCACACUCAUUUGACCAUAGAAACUGCAAAUCUUGUCUACACCGAUUUUUCUUACUGUAACCAAACAAACAAAUCGCCAAAAGUGACACUGAGUCUUGGCAUGCUAAAGCGUCACUCAUCUGAACUACCCCGAUUCUGGCUCUUCUGACUGAUUCAAGGUGGGAAUGGAUGUUAUUUAAAGGUUUAAUGACAAGCGUUUGUACAUAGGUCACUGAAAAGCUGUAAAGUUGACUGUACACCUUUUAGAAAGUGAUUUGCCCUUUUGACUAAAAGUGUUUUUUUUUUAAUAAUACAUAUAGAGUGUUUUUAAGGAAUAUUACUUACAUCAAUAACCAGGGCUGUGGGUUGCUUAUUCAGAAAUAAGACUGUAUUGUGAUAUCCGGUACAGGAUGACCGGGAAUGAUCUUUUUUAAAAGUGUGUUGUUAGGGGCCACUGGUGCCCAUGUUGUCUUAAACACUGUGGACGGUCAUUGUACAGACACUAUGCAGUUUCUGAUGUCAAGUGUUGGUCUGUCUGUUUGAGGACUUUUCAUGUGAAAUGUAGUCAUAUUUAAGAUGAUCUGUAAGUAACUGGAUCAAGGCAAUACUCUUCUUCCCUUACGUUCUUCCUUCCUGUCUGGAAUCUCUCCUGUUUUUGUUUUUGUUUUUUUUAAGCAGCAGCCUAGUUGUAUGGUGUAACAAAGUUUCCUUUUUCAGUGUAAGAUACCUCCAUUGGACUUUUAUAAUUUAAGGAAAACCCAACCUUCCAUUGUAAGAUGAAUCACAAGAGAAUAAAUGGAAGAAUCUGA